AUGGUUUCACUGACUGAGGUUAAGGAAUGCGCCAUGCGGGACAGGAAGCGAUAUCAGCACACCGUGGACCGCAUCAAUGAGGCCGUUCGUCGCAGACAAGUCGAUGGCAGCGGACUUGCUUCAGCAAUGGUCGCCAAGCCAAUUCGUGCUGGUCAUGCACCACCUGACGAUAUUCAGGGGGGUGGUGUCGGCGGUGUCGUAAUCACACACUUGUACCACCUACCACAUGACAUGUAG